UUUUUUUCCUCCCCUGUUCCGACUCUCUCGCUCCGAGUCCACCGGAAGGAGGAGUCUAGGGUGAUCAAACCCUACCAAGUUUGAGCCGAUCUCCAUCUAUAAAGGAUCCUCUUCCCCUCCUCUUUGGCAUCGACCUUGAGAGCUCAGCUAUUGGAGGCUUGAUCGCUGGGCGUUCCGUGGGGGGAACUGGGUGGGUUCGCAGUCGAGCCGGCUGGAGGAGCUCGCCGGAGGCAAGGGAAACAAUUCGUUGGACAAGAGGACAUUGAGCAGGGUUCUGCGCACUCCGGUUCGUAGAUCGUGGAGUGGGCAGGCGAUUAGUUUAUCUGGGCCAACUUUAUUGUUUGGGUGUCGGUGAUCAUCUUUGGGGUAAAUUUCCUAUUUUGCCUCUGCCACACCAGCAUCACAUCAGAUUGAGCAAUCUGGUGGGUGCUCCAUGGCUUUUUCUAAAGGUGAAAAGAUGUGAAAAUGGCCUGCAUUCUUGUUACUCAGACUGUGCAAUGGAACGAAGAGUCAGUAUUGCAGGGCUGAUGCUAUUCCUGCUUAGCAUAAAUUAUUUGAGCAGAGGAGAGAACACUGAUUUCUUCAUUUUUAGCUACUGCAUUUCUCAUUUAUGAAAGACAUUUCCAUCCCGAAAUGGAUGGGUACAUGGGUAGGAAAACUGCUGUGGGGCUUGUUUUUUCUAGAGGAGGUUCUAUCCUUGUUUUUAGAGAACAGAACUUUGAGGACAGAAGCAUCAAGCAUUGUAAUCGAUUAGCAUGCAGCACUAGGCUGCACUCCAUGAACGGCAUCAAAACUGGCAAUACAGAAAAGGUCAAAUAUUCGAGGGGGUUUUUUCACUCUAUGAACAGCAGGACGAUUACUGGAAGCUCUUCUAUAUCAUGUCAUGCCUGUGACCCUAGAAAGACUCAUCAAGAGCCACGGAGACAAACAUCUUUGCAAGGGAGAGCUAUUGCAGAGAGCAGUAAUAGGCAGAGGGAGAUUGAAGAUUUGGAUUGUGAAGGCAGAAGAUGGGAGGUAGACAACUUGGGAUAUCAUAGCAGACAGGAGGGGCCAGAAGAUUCUGAAUCCAUUCACAUAACUAGAUGCAAUCAGACUGUAUUUUCUGAUCGUGAUGACUUUGGACCUGUAAAUCCUCAAGGGCUUUCCAGAAAUGCAGCUGAAGCAUCGGGAAGCUGCAGCACUAGAUUGAAUUCAAGAGCGUGUAAGCAAGUCAGCCGGCAAUGCAGAUAUGGUGAUCAGGAAGCCUCGUCAAGUUCCUCCACCAGGCAUUCUUUUACAUCCAGAAAUGCCAGCCGGGCUGCUAGGCAUGCUUCAAGAGGUGGGGGAGCUGAGUCAAAGAAGUAUGAUCUCAAACAUCUUCGGUGCACAUCAUCAGAUAUUCUUCCAUCAGGUUGUUCUUCCUCCAAUUCUGGUGUUAACAGAAGGGUUAACACACUAAGAAAGAGAUCCUUGAAUGGAGGGAAUUUGUCAGCAAGAGGCCAAAGCAAGAAUGCAUUAAGUGGAGCAAAUUCGGGUUCUCCAAACAGAGGUUCUUCCAUCCAUGGCCUCUCUCUUCCAGAGCACUCGAUGCCUCAACAGGCUUUAAGAAGGACGGGUGCAGUCUUGGUAAGAACACGCCGGUCUCCUAGUGGGGUGACUAGAACAAGGUUAUCAGAAGAAAGAGAUCACCCUCUUUCAGCACCUGAGCCUGAAUAUAGCAGCACACAAAUGUUCAAUGUCCCUAUGGGAGAUGGAAAUGGCUGCCAGCACUUUAGCAUGGAAGGAAUUGCAGAGGUUCCGUUGCCACUGGAGAGGAUUGAACAGGAUGAGGAAUUAACUUAUGAGCAACUAUCGGGGCUAGUUUUGGAUGGCCUGAACUUCCACGAUCAACAUAGCGACAUGAGGAUGGACAUCGAUAAUAUGACAUAUGAGGAAUUGUUAGCCCUGGAGGAGAAAAUGGGCACUGUCAGUACAGCCCUCACAGAAGAAGCAUUGUCAAAAUGUCUUGAAAGAAGCAUAUAUGUGUUUGCUUGCUGUGAGGAAGAUAUCAAAUGCAGCAUAUGCCAGGAAGAAUAUGUCGACCGAGAUGAGGUGGGCAAGUUGGCAUGCAAGCAUCGUUACCAUGUAACCUGCAUUCAUCAGUGGCUUCGGCAGAAGAACUGGUGCCCUAUCUGCAAAGCCUCUGCACGUCCAGUCUCCUGAAGCCCUCGUAGCUUAACCACUGCAACAAGGAUAGCUGAACUUACCUGUUUACAGCUCUCUCCUAUCUUUGUGAAUAACAUCAUCCUUCACAUUCUUUUGGAAUAAUGUGUAUAGAUCAUGGGGGCUUUUCCAAAUUAUUUUUUGCCGCCCCAAUUGUCAGCAAAACUGUGUUUUCUUCUUUUCUUUUUCUUUUUUUUUGCUAGAGAAACUGUAUUUUCUUUAAGAAAGGAAAAAUGCUGUCAAUGGGAAACCUUCUUAUAUGGGGGCUUCCUGCUCCUAUUUGAUUUGUUUUGUUUUCCAUCAUUAAACUUAUAAAAUGGUGGUUUCAGGGUCAUUGCCUGAUUUUGUGA